CCCUUUAAAUGAGGGGAGUCAAAUGUGUGCCACAGCUCAGAGGCUCUUUCAGUUUGGGAGCACCGUCCGACAGAGAGGAGGGCUUUGCUGAAGUUGCUCAGGGUUUAGAGGCAUAUUGGCUUUCUGCCUUCUCAGGGGACCUUACUGAGAGGCAGUCAUGCAUCUGCUAGGGUCCACUGUCCUUUUUUCUGUCCUGCUGCAGGCUAUGUCUGCCCCGACAGAGGAUUGGCAGAGGGCCACAUCUAUUUAUGACUUCUCAGCAAACGAUAUUGAUGGCAACGUGGUUUCCCUAGAUAAAUAUAGGGGAAAUGUUGUCAUCAUCACCAAUGUUGCCUCUAAAUGAGGCAAAACCCCAGUAAACUACUCUCAGUUUGCCGAGAUGCACGCUAAGUACGCUGAGAGAGGUUUAAGCAUCCUUGCCUUCCCCUCCAACCAGUUUGGGGGCCAGGAACCUGGCACUGACGCUCAGAUCAAGCAGUUUGCCAGUUCCUACAAUGCCCGGUUUGAUAUGUUCAGUAAGAUUGAUGUGAACGGGGACAACGCUCACCCACUGUGGAAGUGGCUGAAGGACCAGCCCAAUGGGAGAGGCUUCCUGGGAAAUAGCAUCAAGUGGAAUUUCACCAAGUUUUUGAUCAACAGAGAGGGCCAGGUGGUGAAGAGAUAUGGACCACUGGAUGAUCCAAGUGUGGUGGAGAGGGAUCUUUCCUCAUACCUUUAAUUACAAAAUGACCAACUGAUGUCUCAUUCUCUGAUACUCCGUCCCCUGAUGCGUUGCUCCAUCCCCUUGUCCUUCCUUCCUCCGUCUCUCCAAGUACCAGUGGGUAUGGUUGGGUCCACCCCAGACCAGUGACGGUCUGUCUGUAAACCCGUCUGGCGGACAGGGCAGACCUGAUGAAAAUGGCGUGCAAACCUCCUGGGAGGAUUACCAGCCUUGUAUUCAUUUGGUACACAGGAGAGAAGGAAGAGGAAUCCCUGAACCCAUCAGUAACUGUUCUUAUAGUCUGAUUUAGACAGCCAAUUUGUAGCAUUAUCUUAUAAUAAAACUCACAAAGAUUUUGUUCUAAUAAUAA